AUGGGCAUGUGGUACAACUACACCUUCGCACGCAACAACGCAGCGAACGCCCGCUGCUGUCCCGAGGGCAACAACACCAACAUCGGAGAGUGGAGCUUCUGCUCAGUUGUUGUUGGGAACGGCUCCGAUAUCUUUCACUCGACUAGUACGACGGUCAACAAGUGCUUUGUCGAGAAGCAAAACGUUACCGACCUCCGCUUAUACUUGCAAGACUACCCCGAGCACCCUCCCAAGGCAUCAUCAUCAAGUAGGAUAGCCCCGAAACCGCUUGGCGUCCUCGCCUGCAUCGUCGUCGCUCUCUCUCUGGCGUCACUGAGCCUCGCGCAGCAUCAAACGAUCUGGAAGUCUGACCGCCCUAUGGUCGCGGUGAGAGCCGAUAGCUCACGACCAGACGCUGGGACGAACACAACCGACCAGAAUCAGGAUUUGAACGUGUAUCUCGGUUACAUCGACCGGUGGAAGGACGACAUGAUGAUGAAGUACGGUCCCUUAGCAGAUCACCCAAUGUGCACCCAUUUCGAGCCCGACGAUCCCUCAUCGUGGGAGUUGGAUGGGGAGAUGCCCCCGAUUGUGGUGGGACCCUCAGGUUGGGAACUUGAAGGUGGGGCAAGCGGGAUAGAGGAAGGGCCAUCGAAGGGGGAGUAUUGGUAUCUGAACGUAACGUGGCGAGCCGAAGUGCCAGUGACAGGAAACUGGACGGCGCUCCAAGAGAAGAUGCGCACUGCGAUCCCGGACAACCGCAUGAAGAGGCUACGGAAGGAGGUGUAUGUCCCCUUCGUCGGUGACAUGUUUGCGUUCGCGGGUCUUCCGCGAAGCAACUAUGGCCAACCUGCCGUGUCGUCGUCUGCUGUGAUGAUACCCGGAACGUUCUCCGAGUGCAUCAACCAGACCGCCCCUACGCAUAGGGGCAAUGUUAGCGUGCCAUAUUGGGACCGUCUGUUCUACUUCACCGCCUUGGAUCCCCUGCAGAUGACAUGUUAA